AUGACGGAGCUAUUGAGUCUCCCAAAGGUCCUGGGCAAGGUGGGCUAUCUCGCAAGCCUUGAUCUUUAUAAAGCCGAGAAGCCAUUCUUUUCAAAUAUACCGUUCUUCAACAUCCCAGGGGCCAAACAGCAGAACCUCUCCGUGACUGACCAUGAGAAAACACCAAUCUACGACGUGCGUGGGAGGGAGCAUUUGGUAUCGCUAGACACAUGCGGCUUCGAGAUCCGUCGACAUCCAACCGUUCCCAGCGAAGCAAAGUUCCAUGAUGAAGAAUGGAUCAGGCGCGAGUACUGGCCAGAGAUCCAACGUUUCGUAAAGAAAGAGCUAGGUGCGAGCGAGGUCAAGAUCUUCGACCAUACAGUUCGUCGAGCGAAUCCAACAUCUCCUAUAUAUGUGCGGGGUGGAAUGGGGCGUCGGGAGCCAAGCGCAAUGGCACACGUAGAUCAAACCUCCCAAGCAGCCGAACAGAGAGUAUGGUACCACAUGAAAGAUGAGGCAGAGAAGCUGUUGAAAGGGCGAUACCAGAUUAUCAACGUCUGGCACCCGUUGUUCGGUCCCAUCAGGCAUCGUCCUUUGGGGCUCUGUGACUACAAUUCGGUCAACCAAGCCAAAGACCUUGAAGCUAGUGAUUUGAUUUUUCCGCACUACGUCGGCGAACAGUGGUACUCGUACCAUAGCCCAAAUCACCGAUGGUACUACAUUAGCGAUCAAAUGCCAGACGAGUGUUGGUUAUUCAAGUGCCACGAUUCUCUGACCGAUGGCACCGCAAAAUACGCGAUGCACACUGCAAUAGUACUUCCAAAAGAAGACGAGGAACGACCAAGAGAGAGUAUUGAGUUUCGUUGUUUAGUUUUUUAUGAGUAACGUCUAGAUUUGGGCAGAGCAGCUAGCCUUGUUAGCAUGCCAAUUCGUAGCUGCAAUGCGGCCUUCCAGGCUUGUGUACCUGAAGUACUGCAUUGAAAGGCGCAAAAGUGCUAACGAGGAGGCUUUGCGAGGGUGAUAGUGUCAUAGAGUCC